GCUAUAUUCGUCUUUUGACUGAAAUCCUACAAAACUGACUGUCUGCAUUCCAUGAUGGGUCCUCCAAGUGGGAAUGACGCGACCGCUCGAACAAAUCUGCGACUUGCCUUCCUAUCUCUCGUUUUAUUUUAGGCCCGACCCUUUUAGUUUUUACACAGUUGCCGGAGAACAACUUUAAAAAUCUGCCGCUUUUCUCUUUUCCUUUCCUUCUUAAAUGAAAAUUUAUUAUCUUCCGUAUUCAAACUCGUUAUGUUCGGCUAGCGAGAUAUUUCUGCCGCAGCAAUUCAUAUCAACCAUUGCAGAAGCUUCAAGGCUUUUACUUCUCAUUUAAUAGGCAACUCAAUCAGAUACUCACAGUUGAGAUUUUCUAAUUUAAGGAAUCAGAAUUCAUAAUUUGAGUCGAGUCUCCGGCAACAACUCUGGUUUCUUUUAUUUGGUUGCGGAAGCUGAUGAUUUUCUUGUCUGGUCCAAUACCAGUUCAGUUUGCAUCCAACAAUGUUUCGUUACCGGAAAAGGUUUUCUAUUCUUCUCACACUCUUGAUGAUUCACUCAACAAAAGCCGAAAACAAGAGCACGCACCAUAACACGUGCGGAGGAAAUUCCUUGCCGUAUCCUUUUGGGUUCUCCGAAGGUAGCCAAAUCCAACUGAACUGUAGCAGCGACCAAAUGCAAAUUAGGGAGUUUCUGGUUCAGAACUUAACGUCUAGCAGCAUAUCCAUCCAUCUUCCAGCGAAAUGCAACCGCACUUUGCAAUCCAUUGAGCCCCUUUUCACCACGAACUAUGCUCCCAUAGUGAACAACAGCCUUCUCGUGCAAAAUUGUACAUCUGCGCUUGGCGGCUGCGUUAUACCCACCUCAAGUUUUAUGAGCAAUCAGAUACAGUUGGAUGGCUGCGAUAACAGAAGUGAUAACAUAAGUUGCUUUACGCGAGGCCCAGGCCUGGCAGCUUUUGAUGUUCUGAGAUUCGAGGAUGUGAUCCAAACUGGGUGCAAAUUCUUGUUCUCGUCUAUAGCUGUUGACCAGAGGAAAGAGGAAGACCCAGAGGUUUCGCUCCAGUUUCAGACGCUAGAGCUGGCGUGGUGGCUUGAAGGCCAAUGCCAAUGCUCUCCCAAUGCCACGUGUACAAAUGUCAACGUCGCUCCCGGAAAGUUCGGUUUUAGGUGUCACUGCCUUGAAGGUUAUCACGGAGAUGGGUUCUUGAAUGGCACCGGUUGCCGGGGAUCAGUUUCUAAUUGCAACGCUUCGACACUGAGCUCUGGAGGAUGUGGGACAGCAGCUAAAGUCGGUUUUCUUGCUGGAGGGAUCAUUGCGGGAGCUUUGAUAAUGGCAAUUCUGUGUCUCCUAGGUUAUUAUGUACGUCGCCGUUCCUACUGUUUGAAGAAGCAAAUGACUGUAAAGCGCCUAUUGCGUGAAGCUGCAGGCAACUCUAGUGUUCCUUUCUAUCCGUACAGAGAAAUAGAGAGAGCGACGAAUUUUUUCUCAGAGAAACAGAGGCUUGGAACUGGGGCUUUUGGUACAGUUUAUGCAGGAAAACUCCACAACGAUGAUUUCGUUGCGAUUAAAAAAAUAAGACAGAGAGACCCCGAUAGUGUUGACCAGGUCAUGAAUGAAAUCAAGCUCCUUUCUUCUGUCAGUCACCCAAAUUUAGUUCGUCUACUGGGCUGCUGCAUAGAGGAUGGUGAACAGAUUCUUGUUUAUGAGUUUAUGCCCAAUGGAACGUUGUCUCAGCAUUUACAGAGAGAGAACGGUAAAGGGCUUCCGUGGACGAUUAGGCUCACCAUCGCCACCGAAACUGCUAAUGCCAUAUCAUAUCUCCAUUCUGCCAUUGAUCCUCCAAUCUAUCACAGAGACAUCAAAUCCAGCAAUAUACUGCUGGACUACAACUUCAAUUCAAAAGUAGCAGACUUUGGGCUUUCCAGGCUUGGAAUGACCGAAAUAUCACAUAUCUCAACUGCCCCGCAAGGGACUCCAGGCUACGUGGAUCCUCAGUAUCACCAGAAUUACCAUCUUUCUGAUAAAAGUGAUGUUUAUAGCUUCGGAGUGGUUUUGAUAGAGAUAAUAACAGCCCUCAAAGUGGUUGACUUUGGUCGACCUCACAAUGAGGUUAAUUUGGCCGCACUGGCUGUCGAUAGAAUAAGGAGGGGUUGUGUGGACGAGAUCAUAGAUCCCUUCCUAGAGCCGCACAGAGAUGCUUGGACACUCUAUUCCGUUCACAAAGUGGCUGAGCUUGCAUUCAGGUGCCUUGCUUUUCAUAGUGACAUGAGGCCUACCAUGAUGGAAGUGGCAGAGGAGCUAGACCACAUUAGACGCAGUGGAUGGGUAACCAUCGACGAAACCUUGUGUGUGGCAUCAUCGGUGGGAUCGGUGCGUUCAUCACUAGCAGAUAAAAGUGAGAAACCACUUAGUGAUGUUCAAAUUAAUGAAGAACGAGUAGAGAGCGAGAGAUUGAUUGUUGCAGAGAGGGCAGAGGUAAGGGAUAGCUCCCCUGUGUCGGUACAUGACCCCUGGUCAAGUGGACAUAGCUCGCCUUCUUCGAAUAGCUUGUUGGGAAAUGUGGCUCAAUGACUUGUGUAGUCUUGCUUAUUAAUUUUGGACGGGAAGCUACAAUGUACGCUAACGAGGUCCGAUAUAAAAUAUCACCGUUGAUUUGGAUUUGAAAUGUUCAUGCAGAAAACUACAGAUAGUACCUAAUUCCCAUGUAAAGUGUAAGCCUAAAUUUACCUACACCAACACAGUUUAUUUGUCCUUUUAAUUCGUUAUGUUAAAAAAAAAAAUCUUUUAACUA